GAUCAGCAAUUUGAAAAGAAGCAUUGUGUUCCACCAAGAUGUCUAUGAAAUGGAUUUCAGUUCUGCUGCUGCUGCAGCUGAGUUGUUACUUUAGCCCUGGGAGUGGUGGAAAGGUGCUGGUGUGGCCCACAGAAUAUAGCCAUUGGAUCAAUAUGAAGAUAAUCCUGGAUGAACUCGUCCAGAGAGGUCAUGAAGUGAGUGUUCUGACAUCUUCAGCUUCCAUUCUUGUUGAUCCCAGCAAACCAUCUGCUAUUAAAUAUGAAAUUUAUCCUACAUCUUUAACAAAACAUGAUUUUGAGGUUUUACUCAGAAAACUGUUCGACAAAUGGACAUAUCUGCCAAAAGAUACAUUUUGGACAUAUUUUUCACAACUGCAAGAACUCCUUUGGGAAUAUUUUGAUUGCAUUGAAAAGCUCUGUAAAGAUGUAGUUUUGAACAAGAAACUCAUAACAAAACUACAAGAAUCAAGGUUUGAUCUCCUUCUCGCAGAUGCUGUUGGACCCUGUGGAGAGCUGCUGGCUGAGCUACUGAAAAUACCUCUAGUGUACAGUCUCCGCUACAUUCCAGGCCAUAAAAUUGAAAAGUAUAGUGGAGGACUUCCAUUCCCACCAUCCUACGUACCUGUUAUUUCGUCAGAAUUAAGUGAUCAAAUGACAUUCAUGGAGAGGGUAAAAAAUAUGAUAUAUGUUCUUUAUUUUGACUUUUGGUUCCAAACACUAAACGAGAAGAGGUGGGAUCAGUUUUACACUGAAGUACUAGGGAGAUCCACUACAUUAUCUGAGUUAAUGGGGAAAGCUGAACUGUGGCUCAUUCGAACCUAUUGGGAUUUUGAAUUUCCUCGCCCACUCUUACCACAUUUUGAAUUUGUUGGAGGACUCCACUGCAAACCUGCUAAACCCCUGCCUAAGGAAAUGGAAGAGUUUGCCCAGAGCUCUGGAGAAAAUGGUAUUGUGGUGUUUACUCUGGGGUCAAUAGUCAGUAACAUGACAGAAGAAAGGGCCAAUGUGAUUGCAUCAGCCCUUGCCCAGAUUCCACAAAAGGUUAUAUGGAGACUUGACGGCAAGAAGCCAGAUACCUUAGGACCAAAUACUCGGGUCUAUAAGUGGAUCCCCCAGAAUGACCUUCUUGGUCAUCUGAAAACCAAAGCCUUUAUAACUCAUGGUGGAACUAAUGGCAUCUAUGAGGCAAUCUACCAUGGGAUCCCUAUGGUGGGCAUUCCUUUCUUUGCGGAUCAACCUGAUAAUAUUGUUCACAUGAAGACCAAGGGAGCAGCUGUUAGACUGGACUUCCACACAAUGUCAAGUACAGAUUUGCUCAAUGCAUUGAAGACGGUCAUUAAUGACCCAUCAUAUAAAGAGAAUGCUGUGAAAUUAUCAAGAAUUCAUCAUGAUCAACCAGUGAAGCCUCUAGAUCGAGCAGUCUUCUGGAUCGAGUUUGUCAUGCGCCACAACGGAGCCAAACACCUGCGGCCAGCCUCCCAUGACCUCACCUGGUUCCAAUACCACUCUUUGGAUGUGAUUGGGUUCCUGCUGGCCUGUGUGGCAACUGCUGUAUUUGUCCUUGCAAAAUGUUGUCUGUAUUGUUGUCGGAAGUUUGCUAAAACAGGAAAGAAGGAAAAAAGGGAAUAGUUGUAUCUGAGGCCUGAAGCUGGUAUG